CACACAAUAUGAAUACAAAAAUGGUGAAGUCAAUGGUUGUUCUUGCCCAAAUCCCACUUGUUGCGCUGUUUCCUCUUUGUAUAUGUUAUCAAACAGAUGAAAGCACGAGUUCUGCCUCUCUAUCCCCUCAGUUUUACGACAACUCGUGCCCAAACGCACAAGCCAUCGUUCAAUCUUACGUCGCCAAAGCAUAUUCCAAUGACCCUCGCAUGGCUGCCUCAAUUCUUAGGCUCCAUUUCCAUGACUGUUUCGUUAAUGGAUGUGAUGCUUCCGUACUAUUGGACAGUAGUGGAACCAUGGAAAGCGAGAAACGAUCAAAUGCAAAUCGAGACUCUGCUCGAGGGUUCGAAGUCAUUGACGAGAUCAAGUCGGCCUUGGAAAAUGAAUGUCCUGAAACAGUUUCUUGCGCCGAUCUAUUGGCUCUCGUUGCUAGAGACUCCAUUGUUAUUUGUGGUGGACCUAGUUGGGAAGUAAAUCUUGGAAGAAGAGAUGCGAGGGAAGCAAGUUUGAGUGGUUCCAUGGAGAACAUUCCUUCUCCCGAGUCCACGUUACAAACAAUUGUCAACAUGUUCAACCUUCAAGGACUUGAUCUCACCGAUCUUGUUGCCCUCUUAGGGAGUCACACGAUAGGAAACUCGAGGUGUAUUGGUUUCCGACAAAGGUUAUACAACCAUACUGGAAAUAACGAUCGCGACCAGACUUUGAAUCAAGACUACGCCUCUAUGUUGCAGCAGGGAUGUCCGAUUUCGGGCAACGACCAGAACCUCUUUAAUCUUGACUAUGUGACGCCGACUAAGUUUGACAAUUACUACUUCAAGAAUCUGGUGAACUUUAGAGGACUCUUGAGUUCUGAUGAGAUUUUGUUCACGCAAAGCAGUGAGACCAUGGAGAUGGUCAAGUUUUACGCGGAGAAUGAGGAAGCCUUCUUUGAGCAGUUCGCGAAGUCGAUUGUGAAAAUGGGGAACAUCUCACCGUUGACGGGGACAGAUGGUGAGAUCCGGAGGAUCUGCCGGAGGGUUAACCAUGACGUUUGAUCAAAAGGCCAAAACAAUAACGAUUUUUAUUGCAA